CCUUACAUUCUGCCAUAAUCUCAUAAGGACUCAAGUGCCUUCCGUUCUGCAUCAGGCCACUGUUUACCAUGGGAAUCCUCAAACCCACCACCAAGGAGACAGAGGGCUCGGAGCCCAUUGUUACCCAGAUUGCAAACGAGGACAAGGUUGCGUGGUAUAGAAAGCCGAACCUACGGAACCUCUACUUCAUUCUCUUCCCAGCAUGUAUGGGCAUUGAGUUGACUUCUGGGUUUGACUCCCAGAUGAUCAACGCGCUGCAGAUUGUGCCUUCGUGGGUUGACUACUUUGACAAUCCCCAGGGCUCUCUCAAGGGCAUCAUUGCCGCUGCCUACUCUCUAGGCGCCAUUCUGUCACUGCCCUUCAUCCCCAUCGUUAACGAUAAAUUUGGUCGCCGCUGGUCCAUCGUGGGGGGAUCCGUCAUUAUGAUCGUUGGUGCCCUGAUCCAGGGGUUCUCCCAGCACGUCGCCAUGUACAUUGUUGCCCGUAUCAUUCUUGGCUUUGGCAUCCCCACCUGCAUCGUCUCUGGUUCGUCCCUCAUCGGUGAGCUCGGCUACCCCAAGGAGCGUGCCGUUCUCACCUCGCUCUUCAACGUCGCCUACUUCAUCGGCCAGAUCGUUGCUGCCGGCAUAACCUUUGGCACCAAUAGCAUCGCUAGUGACUGGGCCUGGCGCAUUCCCUCUCUGCUGCAGAUGGCGCCUUCUGUCAUACAGAUCGUGUUCGUCUUCAUGCUGCCUGAAAGCCCCCGAUGGCUUGUGACUAAAGGGCGCGUUGCCGAGGCCAACGACAUCCUCGUCAAGUACCAUGCAGAGGGUGACCAGGACUCCGAAUUCGUGCGUGCUGAGAUGGCCCAGAUAACCGCCACCAUUGAGCUCGAGGCAGAGUACUCCAAGAAAAACUGGAUGUCAAUCUUCGAGACGGCUGGCAUGCGAAGGCGAACUCUCAUCUCCAGCUUCCUUGGCCUGUUCACCCAGUGGUCCGGCAACACACUCAUCUCGUACUACCUUGGAGAUCUUCUGGCCAUGAUUGGACAGACCGAGUCCGUCUUCAAGCAGAAGAUUAACGUUGCCAUUGCCUGUUGGUCCCUCGUCGCUGGCGUUACCGUAUCCCUGCUCGUCAACCGCUUCAAGCGCCGCACCAUGUAUCUCGUCUGCACGUGUAGUCUGCUCGUCGUCUAUAUUUGCUGGACCGUGACCAUGGAGCGCAGCAUUGCAGGUAACGCGAUUGGCCACCCCAACAAGGCUGCAGGCGCCGCCACCAUCUUCUUCAUCUUCAUGUACCAACCCUGUUACAACAUUGGCUACAACGCCCUGACAUACACAUACAUGGUAGAGCUGUGGCCCUAUGCCGAGCGAUCACGCGGUAUUUCCGUCUUCCAGUUAUUCGGGCGUCUUGCUGGGUUUUUCGCUACUUUUGUCAAUCCCAUCGGCCUGGACAACAUCAGCUGGCGGUGGCUAAUUGUCUACUGCUGCUGGCUGGCGUUCGAGAUUUGCUUUGUCUACUUUCUGUUUCCUGAGACGGCUGGUCGCACCUUGGAAGAAUUGUCUUUCCUGUUCGAGGACAAGACCCUCGCAGACCAGGCCGUUAUGGCCGUCGAGAAGGUUGUGCACCACGACGAAGUUGACAAGGUUGUCGAGAUUGGAGAGGUGCAGCACAACGAGAAGACCACGAGUUAGGUUUGAGGCGUGCUUUCGAAUAAUUCGGUUAUUAUGAGUA